AUGGCUUACGUGUACGUUCGCGGCUCUUUGUGCAUUGAUCGGGGGAAUCUUUCGGCCUCUAUGCGGAGCUCACGAAGGCUGUUGAACGAAACAGGAGAGUCUGGUGUAUGGUACUUGGGGAUCCCUCGCUCCGCUACCAUCUCUGAUGUGGUCUGUGAGUCUGGUUGGAAGAUCCGUGCAAGAGGGCAACGACGGUUCCCUGAAGUUUAUGAAAAACUAAAUGCAAGGCAGGUGCUUAACCACAAUUCUGGGGAGGACAUUGUGCUCUGGAGAGCAGGUCCUGACGAGUUCGAAGCCUCUUUCUCCUCUGUUAAGACCUGGAAUUAUCUGCGAGACAAAAGAGCUGAGGUUGCGUGGAGGAGGUUGGUUUGGUUUUCUCAGGCAGUACCACGACAUGCAUUUAUGGCAGGGUUUGUAUUUAGAGAUCGACUGUCUACUGGAGAUAGAACAAAGAGUUGGGGUAUUGAGCAGUAUUAUAUGCUUUGUGGAAAGAAGAAUGAGACCACGGACCACAUGUUCUUUGCUUGUCCGUACUCGUUCAAUGUAUGGAUGAACACAGCAGGAAGGCUCCUUGGAAGCGCCAUAAUGCCUGACUGGACUGAUACUGUCGCAUCUCUUAUGCUUCCCUGCUCGUACCGACAUGAUCAUGUCCUUUAG